GAGAGAGAGAGGGUGGGGGAUCACAGAGGGUUUCAUUGGGUUCUGAGUUGGCAGUCUCUUGUUUGAUGGCUCUGUCGUUCUGAACGGAUGCACAAUUCCCUCCACAUCUCCACCGACAGUCUUUCGUCGCCGAACCGCCUUCACGAUGCGACACACCGGCUGCUCCAGUGAGAUCUGACGAUGGAAUAUGGACACCGCGGAGCUGUCAAACUCUCUUUUGAUCGCGUGCGAUGAUCACCAUGGCAAUAAUUGCGCGCCAGAAAAACAGCGCGACGUUUGCUGCCGUGCGUCGAGCGCGUGAGGGUGCGCGGUGUGUCAGAUAGUGACCGUCACCAACCUAAGCGCGUGAAGGAGCGAUCGUGUGUUCGUGCGGCUGUGGACGAGGAGAUGGGCAGACGCGCGUGAACGCAAGCGUGCGCGUAUACGGCGCGUCCCUGCAGUCGCGUUCGACCGCCGCGUAGCUGGGCUUCGGUGCCAUUAGGUGAAGCGGCGCCGGCUGUUGCGCAUCCAGUCAGUGGAAGCCCGGUGUGGAUGGGUGGUUCCGCAUUUUGAGGAGGUCCCCCGCCUCGCACAGAGAGACCACCCCGAUUCUGCAGAGGAAUGCCUCAACACGGAGAGGAGCGUCUUCAAGUUGCGUCGAUCCGGGUAUUGGAGAAGUGCAGCGGGCGACUGCAUAGACAGACUGUUCACGCAGCGGCACACUAAAGGCCUGGACAGCGGCCAGUCGUGACUUUUUGCCUGGCGACAUAAACACGCACCCCACCGCGUCAGGGUUGCGUUUGGACGCGCGCCCUCCUGGCAACAGCUGCAAGUUGGUGCCAGCAGGUGCAAGACCUGAUUUGAGCGCAGGUUUGCCCUGUGCAUCCAUCUAUUUAUCUAUCUAUCUAUCUAUCUAUCUAUCUAUCUAUCUAUCUAUCUAUCUAUCUAUCUAUCUAUCUAUCUAUCUAUCUAUCUAUCUAUCUAUCUAUCUAAUCAGGCGCUCCUUUAAACAUCUUUGUUGUUACCACACCAAAAGUGAUUCAGUUUAAUAAACUCGAACACACGCAAGUGUCACAAGUGUGUGAGGAUGCAGGUCUCGUUCGCUUGUACGGAGCACAAUCUGAAGAGCCGCAGCGAGGACCGGCUGUGCGGCCUGCGAACUGCCCCUCCACAAGGGGGCAGCAGCAGCGGAGGGGGAGGAGGUGGAGGCGGCGGAGGAGGAGGAGAGAGGGGGAGCGGACAGGGGGGGAACGGCAACUACGCCCCUCAGAGCUCGGUCAAAACACGGGACGCGGCGGGGUCCCGACCCCUGCCCCAAGGCCACGCCCACAUGAAGGAGGCUAUUGGACGUCACAGUAGCAUGAAAUACAGAAACCUUGGAAAGUCGGGGCUACGUGUUUCCUGCUUGGGUCUUGGUACCUGGGUGACAUUUGGAUCUCAGAUCUCCGAUGAGAUGGCGGAGAGUCUGAUGACUAUAGCCUAUGAGAAUGGAGUGAAUCUGUUCGACACGGCAGAAGUGUACGCUUCAGGCAGGGCUGAAAUCACUCUAGGGAACAUCAUCAAAAAGAAAGGCUGGAGACGGUCCAGUUAUGUAGUAACGACUAAGAUCUACUGGGGAGGACAGGCAGAGACAGAGAGAGGCCUGUCCAGAAAACACAUCAUCGAAGGUCUCAGAGGUUCCCUGUCUAGACUACAGCUGGAUUACGUGGAUAUUGUCUUUGCCAACCGAAGCGAUGUGAACAGCCCUAUGGAAGAGGUAGUGCGUGCGAUGACAUUUGUUAUAAACCAGGGUAUGGCCAUGUACUGGGGCACGUCACGCUGGAGCGCCAUGGAGAUCAUGGAGGCAUACUCUGUAGCGAGGCAGUUUAAUUUAAUCCCACCGGUAUGCGAGCAGGCCGAGUAUCACUAUUUCCAGAGGGAUAAGGUCGAGGUGCAGCUGCCAGAGCUCUACCACAAGAUCGGUGUUGGAGCGAUGACCUGGUCUCCUCUCGCAUGCGGACUGAUCACUGGAAAAUACAGUGACGGUGUUCCAGACUGUUCAAGAGCCGCCAUGAAAGGCUAUCAGUGGCUAAAGGAGCGAGUGUACAGUGAAGAAGGGCGCAGACAGCUGGCAAAAAUAAAAGAGCUCCACCUGGUGGCUGACCGGCUGGGCUGCACGGCUGCUCAGCUCGCCAUUGCGUGGUGUUUGCGUAGUGAAGGGGUCAGUUCUGUACUUCUUGGUGUCUCCAAUACAGACCAGCUUCUUGAGAACCUUGGAGCCCUGCGGGUGCUGUCUCAGAUGACGCCUCAGACUGUGAGCGAGAUAGAUGCUCUCCUGGGCAACAAACCGCACUCCAAGAAAGAGUCACGUGCGUGAGGGAACCAGAGAGAUGACAUGAACAUGUGCAGCCAGAAAAGAAAAAGAAAGCAAGGGGGAAAAGAUGGAACACGGCGUACCAUCGCUUUUCUGCUCUCCCGUAUAUUACAACACCUGCAUGCCUUCUGCAACAUGCUUCCAGCCCAUACCGCACUGCUCUCUGUAACCCUACUCAAGUAUCCGAACAUAUCCUACCAAUUAAACAAGGAAACGGCUGUGCGCAACGUCACAGAAACGCAACGAACAACGGCUGUUUUCGUUUCUUUACUCUAAGAGGCUGAAGUGACAGCCUUCCACGAGGAGGCACUGUCGGUUGUCGGAGGAGAAUGGAAUGAAAGUGGCAAAAGACUUGUUUAUUAGCUGACCCAGACCGAAUCUGCAGACUGUUUCCACUGCUGAAUUUUCGUUGCCAAAUUCCGCGAAGAGUCGAGCUGAGAGUGGUAUAUUCUUAUUGGCAGCUGAAGUCAAAUUUGCCAAAAUAUUUAUUAAACAAACAUGCACGGGGAAGGGGGAAAGAUGAUUAGCUGGACUUUGCAAAUCGUUGGCGUUCUGCGGAAAUCCGCACGGGCCUGGUCGAGUACGUGUGCAUGCAGUGACGCUUUGAAUCAAACUCUCCGUCGCUGGUGUUGCACCUGAGUGACUCGGAAAAUGGAUGCUGUGUGACGCCAAGCGAAGAUGUUUCUGAGAGCUGCCCGUCCCGUUGGUUUGGGGUGUUCACUGCCUGUCACAUUUCAUUCUCGCUGCGCAGGAGAGCGUGGCAAACACUCCGGCGUGUGACAGGAACAACAUGCAGCAACUGCAAACAGCUGUUUGGACACAUCACAAGUCUUCCUCCAUUUCCCUCCUUUCCAUCUCUCCUUGUGUUUACAACGGUGCACCUGUCCCUUUAAGAGAAUUUGUGCAGUCAGGGGAGUGGUGUGUGAGCGUGUAUGUGGUACCUUGGAAAAAUAUUCAGACUCUCGCUGAUUUACUUUUUUAAAAACAACUGGUUAUAAUUGCUAUUCCUAACAAACAACCUAAACUAAUAACCAUAAACCAUAACCAAUCCUGCCCUGUCAGAAAAAAAGGAUACCUAUAGGGGAGGCAGAACCCUUAAAGAGACACUUUUGUACCUUUGUUACCCCUAAGGGAUUAAAAAUAGUACCCUAAGAAUACACAUUACUGUCUUAAAGGGUUACUCCAUCCCAAAAUAAAAAUUUUGACAUUCAUUCAGAUGACUGGGGGUAAGUGACAAAAUUUUAAUUUUGGGGUGAAAAGAGUUAUAUUAAAAAAAUAUAAGCUUAAAGGGUUCCCGAUAUUCACCCUGUGGAGGUUAAGAAGGUACAAAAAUGUUGCUUUGAGGGUUCUGCCCCAGAGACAAGCUGUUGCUCCCCUAAAGGUACAAAUUGUGCACUUUAUUUAUUUAGAUCGCUCUCUGUUUGUGCAGGAAGCAGGAAAGAUACCUCAAAUCGUGCAGCUUGUUUAAAAGGGAUUUUAAUUACAAAAACAGGGAAGAGUAUCUCUAGGCUUGCGAAUUGAGCCACAUUUAGGGACCAGAAUAUCAUUGUCAAAGUCCAUAACCAUGUCCUGAACCUAGUAUUAAUAGCUUCGAAAGAUUUCUGAAUGAUAAUAGUCUUUUUAUAUAACAAUUGAAAUGAAUGGGGAAUAUGGAAGUAUGAAGAACAGUAAAAGAACAAGAAUAUUUCAAACACGCUUACAAUGUUGAAAAUGCAAAGCUGAGAAAUAUUUCUGAUCUCAUCAUAACUGAUUAUGCAUUACACGAAUCAGAGAGAUUUUCGAAGCAUAAAUGAAACAUUUAGUUUGCAUCACUGGAUAUUACUGUUGAUUACUGUUGAUUGUCAGAUAUGAUAUGUUAAGAUAAAUAAACAGAUACAAAAAAUUAAACAUGCACAUGCAAAUUUUAACAUUAAGAUCUAUAAAAUGCAUUUAGAAAAAAAACAAAAAACAAAAACAAGGACGCUGUUUUUUGUAGAGCCAUCUUUGCAGCAAUGAUAGCUUUCAGAUUUCUUCGGAGUAUGAAUGCAUGAACGCACUGUCCAGAUGUCAUUUUAGCUUUUUUUCCAGGCAGAUUUGCUCCAGGUUGUUUGAGAUUAGUCAGAUGUUCUUUCUGCAUUACAAUGUUCCAAUAGUGCCACAGAUUGUGACGUCAGUUUUAUAACUGUGCCAUUUCAGGACAUUCAGCUCUCUGUUCUUCAGCUAAUGUCCUGCUCGACGAGCUUUCUCUGAAGCUUCGGCAGUUUUAUAAAAUUUCUACGAAUAUAUUCUUAUUCUUUAAGUUUUAUAUCCUGUAUUGAAUUAGAGUAUUUAGGAAUAAUUGAAAGAACUUCUGCACUAGUAUCAGCACCAAAUGGAAGCGCAAUCUGUUUGAGAAGUCUGCCCGGGCCAGAUAUAGCAACGGACCGUUUGCUUGAAUAAUGGCAGGCAAAAAAAGAAUCAAACCAAAAAAAAAUCAUUCUUUUUUCAAAAUCAGUUUUGCGUGAGAUCCUUCACCUUCGUGUGCAGGUUUUGCAUUAGUUAUCAUUUGUGAAUCGGGUCGUGGUCUGAAUACUUUUGCUAGGCAUCAUAUGCGUGGGGCUUGGCUUCAGCGGUCAGCAUCCUUUGCACUAAGUGGACAGAGUCAUAAUUUAAAGAUCGUAGUUCACAAAUAGUCAUGAAGGUCAUAGGUUAACAUGACCAGAGAACUGUGCUAGUAUUGCUUUGUGUGUUUGACAAAUACAAGCUGCGUCAGUGACAAUGAAAAGCGAAGCGCUUCACUUUUAAAAAUGUGUUCGUGUCAUUCCAUGAUUUCAGAUCGAAGGACACAGAUUGGCUAGAUUGAGUGACUACUGUCAAUUUCCCAUCAGCCAUUGCUGAACAUCACGGUGUGCGGUGCCUCAGAACGUGGUUCAUAACUCCACUUGUUCCAUAACCCAGUUACCACAGAAAAUCAUUAGGAGAAAAAUACAAAUGUUGUUUACAGUAAUGCAUUUACAAUGAACGUCUAAGGGGCAAGUGCACCGUGCGGUUUAAAGCUGAAAUGCGAAGCUAUAUACUUUGCACACUGGCUUUGUGUCUAGUCUUGUGGUUACACUUUUCAAAUUGCAUUUUAGCGUUUAUAACAGUGCAGCGCCUUGCCCCAUGGAUUUCCAUUAAUGCACGUGUGUUACUGUAAAUGGUUUUUGUUUAUACAAACUAACGCUUAAGAUAUUUUCUGCAGUAAAUGACACGGUGAGCUAUUCUUUUAACUCUACCGAACCCAGGCAAAAAAAACUAACAGAUUUAGUUCAGCACAAUAAACAGGCACAAACAGAAUUAAACCCUUUAUAUUAAACCAAAUUCUUUUUUAACAAUAAGUGUAAUAUUAGUUGCGUCGGAGAAACCCAGACUUGGCAACGCUAGCACGAUUCACUGUUUGUAUUAUAAUUAGAAUUUUGUUCUUUAUUUUUGAGAGUUUUUUUCCUUUUUUUUGGAAUACUUUUGCCUUCUCAAAACUCCAAGCCUGCUACUUAUUCAGCUAAGCUUUACUCUAUUAAACAAAGCUGGGAUUGGAGAGAAUAAUGAGCACUGACAGAUCUGAGAUCAGUUAUGCUGCUUUUCUUAGCAUAUUUAAAAGCAAAGGUCGAAAGGUCAACCUGGUCCUGGGUCACUUCUUAAUGGGGCAACACAAGUCCCUUUAGUGGUAAUUCAAGUUCACUUGUGUAUUCUCUCUACAGCACCGGUCGGUUCUAAUGUCUCUUUGUAUUUAUAAUGAUCGAUGAUUUAUGUAAGUAUUGUACCUGAGUUGGCAAUUUGGAAAGGCAUUGAAAUGACUGAACUUUUUUAAUCCACAUAAUUAUUAGCAAGACUGAACUAUCAUUAGUUAACCUGAACUAAUGUAUAUAUACAUUUAGUGCACUCCCUCAUAUGGUAAUUUUUGCCUGAAUAUGUUAAAUUUACUGUCAUGCAACAAGAAAAAUUGAAAAAAAAAAAAAAAACAACAACAACAAGAAACAAACAAACAAACAUACAAAAACAUGCCCUGUACUGAAUGUAUCUUGCUUGCCUUUAAAAUGUGUGGAGAAAA